GUCAUCACAGUCCGCGGCUCGGUGAUGACGUAGAAACUCCGCGCUUCACUUCGAAAGUGAAUUAAACUAAAGAAAACCAAUUUCCACAACCUGGGCGGCUUCAGAGAUGGCGACGUGGGUGCAUGAGGUCAGCGUCUCCACUGGCUCCUCCUAUUUCCUGCGGGUAGACAGCGGCAGGCCAGACCUAUCUUUGGGUUUCCAGCUGCUGCUGACGGAUGGACGCAGCGCCUGGAGAGGACAAGUGAGUGCAGAGUCACUGCGUCAAGAGGCCAGCGAGAUGGAGAUGCAGGAGGAGAGUUACCUGCAGGACCUGCAGGGGGCGCUGACACAAGCACAAAGCUGCUACCGCUUCUCGCUGACUCCAUCUCCUCCUGAGGACGGCGAAACCUUGACAUUGACCUACGAGAAGGUCCAGGAGGACAUUUCGUUCCAGCUGGGCUCAGUCCCCCUGCAGUCCGUGUCCAACCCGACUGAGGAGGUGAGGCAGCUGCUGUUGCACUCUCUGGAGAGAAGGAGCUCGUUGCAGGACCAGAACCAGAGACUAGAGCAGGAGAACCAGAUCCUGAGACGAGAGCACCUGCGCGCCUCCGCAGAGUUGACGGUGUGCGUGGGCGGUAAGGAGGCGUGGGAGGCUGCGCUGUUCCAGCAGUUCGUGGAGGUCCUCAAUACCCAGAAGGCUCUGACCCGUGUCCUGCAGGACUCAGUGGAGAACCUGAAGCAAGACAGCUCUGAAGAUCCAAGUGCUCCAGCCGGUGACGACCACCUGCGGGAGGUGAACUGUGAAGAUGAGGCACAGGACCUGCAGGCGGCCUCCACAUCGUCAGCGGCUACUGACGACAUUCUUGACGAGCUGCUCAGUGACCUCACUGACGUGGCGCCCAGUCGGAAACGCCGCCGUCACCUGAGGACCCCUGCUGCUCCGCCGCCCAAGAGGACCGACAACCCCACCAAGACUAGCACCCCGUCGACGCCCCCUCUCAACCCUUCAGAGGCAGCAGGUUGGGAGAUCGACGAUCUCUUUGAGGACAUUUAGUCCCAGCUUGAGGAAUCCAGUGAAGUUCAGGUGGGUCUGGACCUGACUCACCGUUGACAUGUGAAAUCUGGACCCCAGUGGUGGAAGAACCAUCAUGAGAAACGUUUGAUGGAACGUUGAAAUGCUGAGAAGUUUGUGGUUGUUCUCUUGAGGGAAGGAUCCUCCUAGGACCUGGUUAAGGAGCCUCACAGAUUUGAGGAGCGCCGGUCGAUCAGAAGAUCUCUAGUUAUUGUUGCUACAUUCCAAAACCUGGUCCUGCUUCUCCUGUGGCAAAUAAGAGCUUCUGCCAAACAUGGUUCUCAGGCUUCUCUGCAACAGGAGAACGUUCCACUUGGAACCUCGUUUGUGUGUCGAUGUUCAGGUUUGUACGAAGUUUAAACGUUUUGCUUAAUAAAACCUGUAAAGACCAGCAUGAUUCGUUCACUCAUGUUAACCUACAGGAACUCCAGUUUCCGCCCACCUUCAGAAGAGUUAGGGACUUGCUGAAAGUGACUACAAGUCACUAUAAGUAACUCUCAAUGUGAGACUUGUGUAAUGCAAUGACUCAUUUAGGAAACAGUGCUCAUAAAUGACAACAGUGGGUUGCUCAGCAACACAGCUACAAUCUGACAACUAGAUAAGAGUCAAGCACAUAUAACAGUCAGACACAGACCAUGCCUCUGGCUCAGCUCUGGUACGGUCGGUGGUGCUGAUCCACAUCCCGGCCAGGCUGCUGUGGAAAACAGGGCAUGCAAGAAAUGUUAUCCAGGACCAGGCCUGACUUGGACCUGCACCAAGACCAAGUCUGUCUUGGUACUGAGCCAGGCCUGACUUGGACAUGAAUCAAGACCAGGCCUGACCUGGACCUAAACCAGGACCAGGCAUGACCUGGACCGGGACCAAGACCAGGUCUGUCUUGGUACUGAGCCAGGCCUGACUUGGACUAGGCUUGACUUGGACCUGAAUCAAGACCAGGCCUGACUUGGACCUGCAACUGAACCUGACCUGACUUGGGUCAGGUUCUGGUGGGUUGUAGAUGAGAAGAGAAACAGUUAACUCAACUUCCCCGUCUGAUGGGAGGAGGUGCGGUGUCGGGGUCU